AGAUACAAGAAAUACAGGAACCACUGGAAGAGGAGGUACAGGAGAUAAAGGAACAACCUCAUGAUACAAAGGAAGAGAGAGUAGCAAGACUGGAGGAGAAAGAAAUAGAAGGAGCAACACCUCAAUCAGUAAUUAAUCAAGAUAUACUAUCAACUGAUACAAGUGUGACAAUAAUUAAUAGACAAUUAAUAAAAGAAAUAAAAACAAACAAACAAUUAAAAGAAUCACUAACAAAAAUGAGAGUAGAUGAAAUUCAACAACUUCUGUCUUUACCACAAAAUACUAGUUCAGCAUCAUACAGAAUCAGAAGAGGAAUGAGAAUGGAAAUAGAACAAUUGCAAUUAUUAUUAAUAAAUAAAACUGGUUUAUUGGAUCAGAAUAAAUCAUUAAUAGAUAUUAAGAGAGAAAUAGCUAAAAUACAAGAACAGAUAUCAUUAAUGAGCAUACAUAUACUAAAUAGAAAAGAAGAGAAUGAAGAUUAUAGAGAUGUAAUAAGAGAGUGGAGGGAACAACUUACAUUGACUUCAAUAGCUGCAAAAAAAACUGAAACUAUUGAACUGAGAAAUGAAGAUGAUGAUAAAGUUAAUAAACCAACAGCAGAAUCUGUUUUUAUUACUCGCUAUGACUAUCAUGCAAUAAGGAGUAAUGAAAUAUCAUUCAGUGAGGGAGAGCAGCUGGAGAUAUAUGAGAAGCAGAAUAGUUCUUAUUGGAAAGGAAUAUCCUUGGUAUCUGGUGAUGAAGGAAACAUUCCUAGUAGUUGUGUUUACUCAAUGUUAGAGUCACUUCAAUUGUUAGAGUUUAUACUGUCAGUGGAAGAAGUGUCCCUUCCUAUUCUACAGAAGAUAAGGAAUGAUUCAUCUAGUAAUGAUGAGAAAGCUUCUCCUUUCUGGGAGACUAUUGAUGAUGACACUAUUAUGAUACCUGCACUGAGACAAGACAAAGAACAACAUGAUAAAAGAGCCACUGGGAGAGUGAACUGGGGCAGUGACUGGGUAUCCCUUGAGUCUCCAUCUCCAGUUCAGUGUAAUGAAGUGAUUAGUAAUAUUAAUAAUAAUCAUGAGGUGAUUGAACUCAACUGCUUAUCUACUAAUAGUACAGUAUCUCUACUAUCAUCAACUAAACUGCAUGCACUAAACCUGAGGAGACUUGAUAUAUGGUGGACUCCAUUAACUAAUGAUUGUAUCCAGUACUUGUGUAUACUACUAACUAAUAAUACAACAAUACAAGAACUAGUCAUCAAUUUUCACUCCAUUAGUGAUAAAGGAGUUAUUAAAAUCUGUCAAGCUCUUGAACAAAACUCUACACUUACCUCACUAGGUCUUAAUUAUUGGUAAUCCUCUCAUCACUUCUACUAGUGGACCAGCUCUUUUUCAGCUCCUCCUCAAUAACUCAUCACUAGU